CCUGGUGCAAAGAGGACACAGCACACGGAGAAAGAAUAUCUUACACGGAUUGCCAAUGUUUUGUAUUACCCUCAGAUCUCAUGAUGUGCAAAGAGACAGAUGAAACACAUCGACCACCUAAGACUCGUGGAGAGAUCUGCGAAAGCGAGAGCGCAGCUUUAUAAAGUAAAGCACUUAUCCCCGGAGGCUCAGCUGUCAAACUAUGGAGAACAUCACGGGCCCCUUCACCCCAAACCCGACAUGCAACUACAGCUUGGACUUAUACUAUCACAGCUCUCCAAACCGGAGCGAACUGAACUGCACGCCGCCGGCUGACUACUUAUUUUCCGCAGAUCUGUACGUGGUUCUCCCGGUCAUUUACUCCGUGAUAUGUGCCGUAGGUCUGACGGGCAACACGGCGGUCAUAUAUGUGAUCCUCAAAGCACCCAAAAUGAAGACGGUGACCAAUAUGUUCAUUCUGAACUUGGCGAUCGCCGACGACCUCUUCACUUUAGUGCUGCCCAUCAACAUAGCGGAACAUCUGUUACACUACUGGCCGUUCGGCGAGGUGCUGUGCAAAAUCAUUUUAAGCAUCGACCACUACAACAUCUUCUCGAGCAUCUACUUUCUGACGGUUAUGAGUGUGGACCGGUACCUGGUGGUGCUGUCGACCGUGCGCUCCAAGCGCAUGCCGUACCGCACAUACCGGGCAGCCAAGAUAGUGAGCCUGUGCGUGUGGCUGCUGGUGAUCUUCAUUGUCAUGCCGUUCACCGUGUUCGCGGGAGUCUACAUCAGUCCCGACGACACCGAGAGAAAAAGCUGUGUCCUAAGUUUCCCCAGUCCUGAAAGUUUAUGGUUCAAAGCGAGCCGGAUUUACACCCUCAUACUAGGCUUUGCCAUUCCGGUGUCUACGAUUUGCAUUCUUUACACCAUGAUGCUGUACAAAUUAAGAAACAUGCGCUUGAACACCAACGCCAAAGCGCUGGACAAAGCCAAGAAGAAAGUGACUAUCAUGGUGUUUAUCGUACUGGCCGUGUGCCUGUUCUGCUGGACGCCCUUUCACCUCAGCACCAUCGUAGCGCUGACCACAGACCUGCGGACCACACCGCUUCUCAUCGGCAUCUCGUACUUCAUUGCCAGCCUGAGCUACGCCAACUCCUGUCUGAACCCGUUCCUCUACGCAUUCCUGGAUGACAGCUUCAGAAAAGCCUUCAAGAAGAUGUUAGAAUGUAGACCUGCUUGA